UGUCACCAUUGGCUGUAAUAGUUGACUUGGAUUUUGAUAUCUCACCAUCAAGCAUAAGCAUCUCGGAACUUCACCUGACAUUUCUUAAUCACUUUACUGGCAGGACCACAUUCGCUUCUUUACGAUCAUUCGCUACCAUCGCAAUCUAUUUCCCCAUCCUUCCGACCGAAGAACCACUAAUUAAUCCAAAAUGAAGUUCCUCGUCGUCCUUCUUUCUGCUGCCUACGUGAGCGCCGCGGCCGUUCAGCCAAGACAUCACAAGGGCCGAGGCGGAAAUAAGAACAAGGCGACAGCCGUAGACACCACAGCUGUUGCAACCGCGACGACGGCCGCAGCAACGGCAGCCGGCACCGCGGCAGCUGGUACCAACGCUGGUGCUGCCGCUGCCGCUUCCGGCAGCACGGUCGUCCUGAAGGAAGUCAACGGUAUCCCGGGUAACGAGUGCCUGACCUUCAGAAACAACGGCGAAAUCGUAGACGCCGCAUGCGUCAACACGGCCGCCGACCGCCAGCUGACUCCGGCCACCGUCUCGGGCGGUUCGGCCCUCAAGGUCCAGCGCACCUUCACGGCCGGCUUCCGGCCGGACCUCGUCAAUGUCAACGCGUGCGUGGGCUUCAACGGCACGCACUUCCGGGCGUCGGACUGUGCUGAUUCUAGCGUCGAGCUCGUCACGUUCAACCAGAACGGCGAGCUCGUUGCCAGCGGAGGUGCCUGCGCCAGUGGUCACGACAACCUCGCCCAGAUGACAGUGGAUACCCAGGGCCAGAGCUGCGCUACUUAUACUAGCACAGAUGUUACGCCGACCACGUCUUGAUGCGGGGCGCAUGUCGCUUGCUUGAUGCAAGGUUGAGAGUAGUACCUUAGUUUUGCAUACACAUGCGUGGGAGCAAGCUUAUAGUUUGGAGCAUAUCAGGUUUUAAUAUUACAACUGGAAG